AUGGUCGGCCUCGGCCGCUUCGACAUCGCCUUCCAUAAAGUGGUCGCCGAGAAGAUGAAACUCCCCGACCGUUUCUCGAUCUGCCCGCCGUCGUCGGGGAUUGGGAAACUGACCGUCGGAGUCGGAGUGCCGACGAAAUCCGACAUCUCCGGUUUGAUCAAAACGACGCCGUUGAUCGUGAAUAAACCGGCGGGACGAAGAUCAGCAGCUUGCAAAACUACACCGCAAUGCACACGUCGAUCUAUAAGCGCACAUCCUCUGAGGAGCGUGGCGGCGGUGGGGCCGUUCAGAGCGUGCUACAGCGCGGAGACGGUGAAGAGGACGGGUGCGGGGCCGGAGGUUCCGGCGAUUGACCUGGUUUUGCCGGGGAAGGAUGUGUACUGGAGGAUUUCGGGGGUGAAUGCGACGGUGAAGGUUGAUCGGAAGACGAUGUGCCUGGCGUUCGUGGAUGCCUCGCAGCUUAGGUUUACUUCUUCGCUUUUGGUUCAUAACAAGACCUGCUCCCGCAUUUGGUUUCAUUUGAGAUUUAAGUAG